AUGACAGAGAAUCGCGUCGCAAAGCGCAAGACGCACACAAAGUCCCGGAAGGGAUGCUUCCAGUGCAAGCAACGCCACACAAAAUGCAACGAAGCCCGACCACGCUGCGCAAACUGCGUUCGCUUGGACAUUUAUUGUACAUUCCCAACCAUACCAGAGAGCUACACCUCAUCUCCCCAGCACAGCCCUGGCGUCAGCUCAUCCUGCAGGGACCAUGGUCUUCCCGAGAGCCCUGAUGCAUCUCAUAGCCACACCGGUUCUGAUAUGCCCCUUGCCGACCUCCGAUUACUGCAUCACUGGAUCAAGUCAUGUGCCAAGUCACUGCAUCCUAACCCUUCCCUACGGAGCAAUGCUUGGCAGACUGAGUUUGUGGAACUGGGCUUCCAAUUUCCCUUCCUCCUGCGUGGCUUCCUAGCACUGUCUGCAGUCCACCAAGCAUACCUGUUUGCACCCAACGAGCGACAGGCCUUGUUGCUCCAGGCAGACUCCCAUAUCAGUCGAGCAUUGGACACGUAUAGGAAAAAUCUGGAAAAUCCAGACGUGAAGCUAGUCUUGCCCAUGUUCAUGCUGUCUUCUAUACUCUUCACGUACAACUUCGGCUCGGCACAGCUUCAGCAGCCCGAAGACCCUAUUGCCGCACUUCAUCACUGCUUCAUGCUGCUGCAAGGCAUCAAGGUUGUCGUCAUGCCCCAUUGGCAUCAAAUCAAAGACAGCGCCUUCGUUGCCUACAUGGCUGACACGCCUUCUGAAGACCUUUUGAAGGGUCUGGAUAAUCUGGCGAGCCAGGAUAACCCCCAGGAAAUCAUGCGCUUGAAGGAGCUUACCGAAUUGCUACUAGACAGCCAGGACAAGGAGGCUUGUACAUGUGCCAUUGACGAACUUCACACCACAUGGCUCCGUUUCCGGCACCUGCCUAGAGACCGCGAUGAGUACUCUCUGCUAUUCUACUGGCCCGCCCUGUUGGAAAGUCGUUUCCUCGAACUCCUCGCUGCCCAUAACCCCGUGACAUGCAUCAUCACCACCCACUUCGUGGCCAUGUUGGCUCAAAGUCGCCCAGUGUGGUGGGUUGGCAAAUGGCCCCAGUGGUUACUCGCAGCCUCAGAACAGUUGUUGGCAGCAACCCCCGAUCUCCUCAAAUGGCUAGAGUGGCCCCGGGAAAUAAUUCGUCCACAGGUUUGGAGCAUAACUACCACACUAUGCGGUCCACAAGUUACUUGA